AAAAAGGCAAGUAAUUGAUUUGUUCUGUAAUAUGUUGUCGACUACCUUCAGUUGUCAUGGAGCGCGUGAAUCAAUGGACGAGGCUAAAUGUAAACAGAGAUACUCAGGAAACGAAACUUACUGCACGCAGAGGUUCAUGGACCUCACCGACGUGGUGAAACCUCGGGGUUACCAGAGGUCCACACAAUGGCUUUAGAUUUCUCUGAGAGCGCCUUGGAACUGGAGCUCAGUUGCCCCAUCUGCCUCCAUUUGUUUUCUGAUCCUGUCACCCUUCCUUGUGGACAUUCGUUCUGCCUGACCUGCCUGGAGGAGAGCCGAAUCUCUGAGGGCUGUGGACCUGACGUUCAGCAUCACUGCCCAGAGUGCAGACUGGAGUACCAGGAUACAGAAUUCCCACAGAGGAACUUUAAACUUAGAAACAUAGUCAAGAGCUAUGAGGACACCAUCGAGCAAACAGCCAGAGAUGCACCCCGGGCAGGAGAAGUACAGGUAAUAGAUCACAAUGGUAAGCGAAGAUCCUCUAGCCAGGCAGAAUAUGGGUCUAACACAGUGAACAACAUAGAAGAAGACACAGCUGGAUGUGCCUUAUCAGAGCCAAGCAAGCGCAGACUUAGAUUAACUCCUGUAAUGACGGACCUCCAAGCCAAGAUUGCUCUUGUGGAUGAGCUGCUGGCCAAGGCAAAGGAAAGAGAAGCUGCAGUCAUGGCAUCAAACACUGUCCUUAGAGCAGAGGUGAAGACACUACUGGAGGAGAUGGUGGAAGUUCUGAGGAGCUAUAACACAGCUGGGAUGGAACUACUAGAAGCUGAGUUGAAGCCCAGAGAGGAGGCUGUGGAGAGCAUGGUCCAAAAGUUGUCAGACCUUCAUAAGCAGCUGAAGGAGACAGAGCUCCAGGUUAGCACACUUUUGGAAGAGCAAGAUGAUGACAGAUUUAAUGAAGGAAUCCAGGGCAUUGAGGCAUGUGCUGCCAACUUAAUUGUAGAACCUGUGGAAAUUGGAUUUAGUGAUGUGGAGGCAAACACUAACCUGACCAACAUGUGUGGAGAAAUGGAGCGCCGCAAUUACCAGCUCCGUCUCAAACUUGGAGCUGUCCAGCGUCGUUUACGAGCAACUCUCAACCCUUCUGAAGUGACUUUUGACUCAGAGACUCUUCAUCCUAGCCUGGUCCUCUCCGAGGAUCUCAAAACAAUGUCCUUUAGUGUUGCCAAGCAACCAUAUCCGGCUGGACCCCAGAGAUUCACAAGCUUUCUCCAGGCUCUGAGCUCUCAAAGCUUUUCCAGAGGAGAACACUGCUGGUGCCUACAGGCAGAGGGCUGCUCCUGGGUCAUUGGGUUGUGCUAUGGGGGUUUGCCCCGGUCUGGUCCUGGUAGUGGUCUAGAGAGCAGCCGUGGGUCUUGGUGCCUAAUGUGGUGUGAUAACUUACUUAGGGCAUAUGAGGGAGGAAAGGACACCCAACUCAUGCGCACCCCAUUUCUACAAAAGGUAGAGAUCCGUCUCAGCUUCAGCACCAACAGUGUGGCGUUUUACAGCAUUAGCAAUGUUAGUGGAGCCAAAACUCACAUAUAUACCUUCAGUGUGAGCUUCACUGAACCUGUCUAUUUGGCUGUAAGAAUGAUGUCUGGACGGCCUAAAGCUCGAAUAACACUGUGUGAAUAAAGUUAAACAGUUUGUAAUAUUUGUGAUGAACAGAGCUCAUCUGUGGUUAUUCUGCAUUACUACAUAAUACACAAAAUUUUGAGUCAACCCAUGAAAAAUGGCCAUUAGCUGUUUACAGUCUAAUAAAAUAAAAUAAAAUAAAAUAAAAGCCUGCAGUUUUUUUGUUUACUUACUAGGGACUCUUUCUUUUAAUUUUUUUGUUGUUAUUUA